AUGGCGGACGUGAACAUGACGGAUGCACCUGUCCAGAAGCCGAAGGCGACCAAGGCGACUGCCGGCACAGACGGCGACAAGAAGCGCUUUGAAGUCAAGAAGUGGAAUGCCGUUGCUCUCUGGGCGUGGGACAUCGUCGUCGACAACUGCGCUAUUUGCCGUAAUCAUAUCAUGGACCUGUGCAUCGAGUGCCAGGCCAAUCAGGCUUCCGCUACGAGCGAGGAGUGCACCGUUGCCUGGGGUAUCUGCAACCACGCCUUCCACUUCCACUGCAUUUCCCGAUGGUUAAAGACGCGACAAGUGUGCCCACUCGACAACCGAGACUGGGAGUUCCAGAAAUACGGUCGGUAG